GGGGCUGGUGUUACCAUGGGGGCUGUGGGGGGAGAGUGGCACAGGAAGGCCCUGGGGUGGGUGUCACGGAGUGUGGGGGAGCCAGGGCCCUGCACCCCCCUUCCUGCGAUUCACCGGGACCCUCAGCCAGCCAGUGAAGCAGAAGGGUUAUUAGAGGAGAGGAACACGGUCCCAAGCAGGGCUUACCCGGGCUGGGCCUCUAUUAACCGCGGCGUCCUGAUCUGCGACGAGUGCUGCAGCGUCCACCGCAGCCUGGGCCGGCACAUCUCCAUCGUCAAGCACCUGCGCCACAGCCCCUGGCCCUCCCCGCUGCUGCAGAUGGUGCACACUCUGGCCAGCAAUGGUGCCAACUCCAUCUGGGAGCACUCGCUGCUGGACCCGGCGCAGGUGCAGAGCGGGCGGCGCAAGGCCAAUCCUCAGGACAAAGUGCACCCCACCAAGUCCGAGUUCAUCCGUGCCAAGUACCAGAUGCUGGCCUUCGUGCACAAGCUGCCCUGCCGCGACGACGAUGGUGUCACCGCCAAGGACCUCAGCAAGCAACUGCACUCCAGCGUGCGGACGGGGAGCCUGGAGACCUGCCUGCGCCUGCUCUCGCUGGGCGCCCAGCCCAGCUUCUUCCACCCGGAGAAGGGCACCACCCCACUGCACGUUGCUGCCAAGGCUGGACAGAUCCUGCAGGCUGAGCUGCUGGUGGUGUACGGUGCCGACCCUGGGGCGCCCGAUGUGAACGGCAGGACCCCCAUCGACUACGCCCGGCAGGCGGCCCAGCACGAGCUCGGGGACCGGCUGGUGGAGUGUCAGUACGAGCUGACGGACCGGCUGGCCUUCUACCUGUGCGGCCGCAAGCCGGACCACAAGAACGGGCACUACAUCAUCCCGCAGAUGGCAGACAGGGCGCGCCCAAAGGGCACGGCGCAGAGCCUGGACCUGUCUGAGCUGGCGAAAGUGGCGAAGAAGAAGUUACAGGCGCUCAGCAACCGCCUCUUCGAGGAGCUGGCCAUGGAUGUGUACGACGAGGUGGACCGCAGGGAGAACGACGCUGUCUGGCUCACGACGCAGAAUCACAGCACCCUGGUGACUGAGCGCAGCGCUGUGCCCUUCCUGCCGGUCAACCCCGAGUACUCGGCCACACGAAACCAGGGGCGGCAGAAGCUCGCCCGGUUCAACGCCAGGGAGUUUGCCACCCUCAUCAUCGACAUCCUCAGCGAGGCCAAGCGACGGCAGCAGGGCAAGAGCCUGGGGAGCCCCACCGACGCUGUCGACUACCCGGUGCGGAGCCAGAGUGACCCGGACGACCAGCACGACUACGACAGCGUCGCCUCUGACGAGGACACAGACCAGGAGCCGCUGCGCAGUGCUGCCCGCAACAACCGUGCCCGGAGCAUGGACUCCUCGGACCUGUCGGACGGGCCCAUCACGCUGCAGGAGUACCUGGAGGUGAAGAAGGCGCUGGCAGCCUCCGAGGCCAAGGUGCAGCAGCUGAUGAAGGUGAACAACAGCCUGAGUGACGAGCUGCGUCGGCUGCAGCGUGAGAUCCACAAGCUGCAGGCGGAGAACUCACAGAUGCGGCAGCAGCCGGGCCCCGGGCACACGGUGCCAGCCCCCAGCGAGCGCUCAGAGCACGGGCAUGCCGUGGCCACGGCAGCAGCUCACCGGCGUGACCGCCAGGCCUUCUCCAUGUAUGAGCCGGGCUCUGUCCUCAAGCCCUUCGGGCAGCCCGUGGACGAGCUGGUCGGCCGCCUGCAGCCCUUCCACUCCAGCGAGGCGGAGGAGGAAGCGCUGUACUCCACACACAUCCCGGCCAGCGGGUACCGGAUCCGGAAGGGGGUGUCUGCCUCCUCGGUGCCCUUCCCCCCCUCCUCCCCGCUGCUCUCCGGCGUCCAGGACGGUGCCCGCCACAUGACCAGCAAGCUGGACCGACAUGGCAGCGGAACUGACAGCGACUAUGACAACACACAGGCUGGCGAGGCACUGCUCAGCAUGGACGGGAAGCGGUUCCUGGACCUGGGGAAGGACGACGACUUCCACCCGGAGCUGGAGGCCCUGGACGGGGAGCUGGACCCUGGGCUGCCCAGCACCGAGGACGUGAUCCUGAAGACCGAGCAGGUCACCAAGAACAUCCAGGAGCUGCUGCGGGCCGCCCAGGAGUUCAAGCAUGACAGCUUCGUGCCCUGCUCCGAGAAGAUCCACUCCGCCGUCACCGAGAUGGCCUCGCUCUUCCCCAAGAAGCCGGCCCUGGAGACGGUGCGCAGCUCCCUGCGGCUGCUCAACGCCAGCGCCUACCGGCUGCAGAGCGAGUGCCGCAAGACCAUGCCACCGGAGCCUGGCGCGCCCGUGGACUACCAGCUCCUGACGCAGCAGGUCAUCCAGUGCGCCUACGACAUCGCCAAGGCCGCCAAGCAGCUGGUCACCAUCACCACCCGCGAGAAGAAGCAGUGAGGCCUGGUCCCCGCCUGGCGGCUCCCUCCCUGGGCAGGACGUGGGGCCGGGAAAUAGCCAACGCAAGUGUCCUUAGUCUGCCCACGGGACCUGAGCACGUGCCAUUCCUGGCCCCCCACGCUGCCAGUGUGGGCCUCUGGCUGUGCCCCUCCCCCCACGCUGCCAGUGUCCCGGCGUGGGGCAGACCGAGGCUCCGGCUGUGCCCCCUCCCCCCACGCUGCCAGUGUCCCGGCGUGGGGCAGAGCGAGGCUUCAGCUGUGCCCCUCCCCCCACGCUGCCAGUGUCCCGGCGUGGGGCAGACCGAGGCUCCGGCUGUGCCCCCUCCCCCCACGCUGCCAGUGUCCCGGCGUGGGGCAGAGCGAGGCUUCAGCUGUGCCCCUCCCCCCACGCUGCCAGUGGCCCGGCGUGGGGCAGACCGAGGCUCCGGCUGUGCCCCCUCCCCCCACGCUGCCAGUGUCCCGGCGUGGGGCAGACCGAGGCUCCGGCUGUGCCCCCUCCCCCCACGCUGCCAGUGUCCCGGCGUGGGGCAGACCGAGGCUCCGGCUGUGCCCCUCCCCCCACGCUGCCAGUGUCCCGGCGUGGGGCAGAGCGAGGCUCCGGCUGUGCCCCUCCCCCCACGCUGCCAGUGUCCCGGCGUGGGGCAGAGCGAGGCUCCGGCUGUGCCCCCUCCCCCCACGCUGCCAGUGUCCCGGCGUGGGGCAGAGCGUGGCACCGGCCCCAGCCCCGUCCCCCACGCAGCAGCCCUAUGGACACUCCCCACUGGAGCAGGUGCCAAUGCCCAGCUGCGUGUGCCCCCCUGUACAUAGCCCCCCCGCCAUCAGCCAAGGAACCACUAACUGGGUAGUGGGGAGCCCCUGAGCUGCCCUGGGGCCUCUCCCCGCCGCCCCCUGUACAGAGUGUGUGUAGCUGUUUGUGGUGGGCAGAGCCGCACCCAUAGCGGUCUCAGCCCACGGCGUUACACUGGACCCGGAGCCCAGCCAUGGCUGGCGACCGGCAUGUUCUCCCUGUGCGUGAGUGUGAGCCCCAGCCCCCAGCCCCCCUGUGCACGGCGGCUCUGGGACGGGCUCCUCGCCUCAUGCCCCCUGUGCCAGGCUGCAGUGCCCAGCCCCUCGGCCCUCCCCCACUGCCCCAGGAGCUGAGGCUGGAUUUCCCCCUGGCUGGCAGGGUUGGCGCCGACCCUCGACAGGAGCUGGGUGCCCAGGGAAGCAGUGGGGCAGGGGCGGAGAGCCCAGGCUGGCUGGGGCCUGUACGGCCAGGCCUGUACUGUACAUUUGUAUUAAAUAAAGAUGUGACUGUG